AGAGACCCAAGAGUCCAGGACUUGUCGCUGCCUUAGCCCCCCAGCCCCGGCUCCAGGCAUCCUGACCAUGGCCCGCAUGCUCUUAUUCAGUCUGGGCCUCCUCGCCAUGCUCCCUCAGGCGCUGGCCGCCUGCCCCCAAAACUGCCACUGCCACGGGGACCUGCAGCAUGUCAUCUGCGACAAGGUGGGGCUGCAGAAGAUCCCCAAGGUGUCAGAGUCGACCAAACUGCUCAACCUCCAGCGCAACAACUUCCCGGUGCUGGCCACCAACUCCUUCCGGACCAUGCCGAACCUGGUCUCGCUGCACCUGCAGCACUGUGGCAUCCGAGAGGUGGCCGCUGGCGCCUUCCGGGGCCUGAAGCAGCUCAUCUACCUGUACCUGUCCCACAACGACAUCCGGGUGCUUCGAGCCGGAGCCUUCGACGACCUGACUGAACUCACUUACCUCUAUCUAGACCACAACAAGGUGUCGGAGCUGCCUCGGGGGCUGCUCUCCCCUCUGGUCAACCUCUUCAUCUUACAGCUCAACAACAACAAAAUCCGAGAGCUGCGUGCCGGAGCCUUCCAGGGUGCCAAGGACCUGCGCUGGCUCUACCUGUCAGAAAACGCCCUCAGUUCCCUGCAGUCUGGUUCCCUGGAUGAUGUCGAGAACCUCGCCAAGUUCCACCUGGACAAGAACCAGCUGUCUAGCUACCCCUUGGCUGCCCUGAGCAAACUUCGGGUGGUGGAGGAGCUGAAGCUGUCCCACAACCCUCUGAAGAGCAUCCCAGACAAUGCCUUCCAGUCCUUCGGCAGAUACCUGGAGACCCUCUGGCUGGACAACACCAACCUGGAGAAGUUCUCAGACGGUGCCUUCUCGGGCGUGACCACGCUGAAACACGUGCACCUGGAGAACAACCGCCUGAACCAGUUGCCCUCCUCCUUCCCCUUCGACAACCUGGAGACCCUCACGCUCACCAACAACCCGUGGAAAUGCACCUGCCAGCUCCGUGGCCUUCGGCGGUGGUUGGAAGCCAAGCCUUCUCGACCGGAUGCGACCUGCUCCUCCCCAGCCAAGACCAAGGGUCAGCGUAUUCGUGACACAGACGCCCUCCGCAGCUGCAAAUCCCCCACCAAGAGGUCCAAGAAAGCCGGCCGCCAUUAAACAGGUCCUGACCCAGCCAGUCCUGGUGACUGCUUUCUGCUGGAGAGACUACUGACUUUCCUCCUACCGUCCACAGCCCCUGCCAAUGCGCAGAGCCGCCCCUACACACUGGCACACAUCCUGGCAGGGGGCACUGGGCUCUCAUUACCACCCCAGCUCCAUCCAGCGGGGUCCUAGGGAGAACACGGAACACCUCCCCAACCACUGUACCUGGGUCCAGCCGCGGCUCCUCUCAGAGAAGCUCUUGCGGAACCCCCUUCCCCGUGUCCAUCAGAGCCGAAAUGCGGUGGCCACUGGGUGGCCACACUCCUGUUCCCACCUUCCUCAGUUCCCUCCUUCCCCUGCCAUUUGGAAACGAACAUCAGGCCCUUGUCCCACCCUUAUUGCCAGAAAGGAUUUCGGGCCCAUGCCCCAACUCUGCCAG